AUGACCCAGUGUACCAGGGUGACCCAGUGUACCAGGGUGACCCAGUGUACCAGGGUGACACAGUGUACCAGGGUGACCCAGCACACCAGGGUGACCCAGUGUACCAGAGUGACCCAGUGUACCAGGGUGACCCAGUGUACCAGGGUGAACCAGUGUACCAGGGUGACCCAGUGUACCAGGGUGACCCAGCACACCAGGGUGACCCCAGUGUACCAGGGUGACCCAGUGUACCAGGGUGACCCAGUGUACCAGGAUGACCAAGUGUACCAAGGUGACCCAGUGUACCAGGGUGACCCUGUGUACCAGGGUGACCCACCACACCAGGGUGACCCAGUGUACCAGAGUGACCCAGUGUACCAGGGUGACCCAGUGUACCAGGGUGACCCAGUGUACCAGGGUGACCCAGCACACCAGGUGUACCAGGGUGACCCAGUGUACCAGGGUGACCCAGCACACCAGGGUGACCCAGUGUACAAGUGUGACCCAGUGUACCAGGGUGACCCAGCACACCAGGGUAACCCAGUGUUCCAGGGUGACCCAGUGUACCAGGGUGACCCAGUGUACCAGGAUGACCCAGUGUUCCAGGGUGACCCAAUGUACCAGGGUGACCCACCACACCAGGGUGACCCAGUGUACCAGGGUGACCCAGUGUACCAGGGUGACCCAGCACACCAGGGUGACCCAGUGUACAAGUGUGACCCAGUGUACCAGGGUGACCCAGCACACCAGGGUAACCCAGUGUUCCAGGGUGACCCAGUGUACCAGGGUGACCCAGUGUACCAGGAUGACCCAGUGUUCCAGGGUGACCCAGUGUACCAGGGUGACCCAGUGUACCAGGGUGACCCAGUGUACCAGGGUGACCCAGUGUACCAGGGUGACCCAGUGUACCAGGGUGACCCAGUGUACCAGGGUGACCCAGUGUACCAGGGUGACCCAGUGUUCCAGGGUGACCCAAUGUACCAGGGUGACCCACCACACCAGGGUGACCCAAUGUACCAGGGUGACCCAGUGUACCAGGGUGACCCAUCACACCAGGGUAACCCAGUGUACCAGGGUGACCCAGUGUACCAGGGUGACCCAGUGUACCAGGAUGACCCAGUGUUCCAGGGUGACCCAAUGUACCAGGGUGACCCAGUGUACCAGGGUGACCCAGCACACCAGGGUAACCCAGUGUACCAGGGUGACCCAGUGUACCAGGGUAACCCAGUGUACCAGGGUGACCCAGUGUACCAGGGUGACCCAGCACACCAGGGUAACCCAGUGUACCAGGGUGACCCAGUGUACCAGGGUGACCCAGUGUACCAGGGUGACCCAGUGUACCAGGGUGACCCAGUGUACCUUGGUGACCCAGUGUACCAGGGUGACCCAGCACACCAGGGUAACCCAGUGUUCCAGGGUGACCCAGUGUACCAGGGUGACCCAGUGUACCAGGAUGACCCAGUGUUCCAGGGUGACCCAAUGUACCAGGGUGACCCACCACACCAGGGUGACCCAGUGUUCCAGGGUGACCCAAUGUACCAGGGUGACCCAGCACACCAGGGUGACCCAGUGUACCAGGGUGACCCAGUGUACCAGGAUGACCCAGUGUACCAGGAUGACCCAGUGUUCCAGGGUGACCCAAUGUACCAGGGUGACCCAGCACACCAGGGUGACCCAGUGUACCAGGGUGACCCAGUGUACCAGGGUGACCCAGCACACCAGGGUGACCAGCUUUUAUGCUGGACAUCGCAGUAA